AUGCCGAAUAACACUCAAGCCGACGUUGAAAGUGGAAUGGUCACUCCACAGAAACCAAAGAAAGCUGGCAUGGAUGGAUCGAUAUCGUGUGAAGACGUUUCUCCUGCGAAGACUGCUCCCUUGAGCCCACAGACUAUCACCAUUGACGUCAACGAGAGGUCAAGGUCACGCGGAGUCCUAGGUAUGAGCAGGGUUAAAUCCAUGAUGAUUGUAGGGACAGGACUAUUCCUUGCUGGUGGACUAGCAUACUUUGUUCUCGAAUGGUUCGAAAUCCCAGGUCUUGAGGCCCAAAUCGACAGACUCGAAGGCGAGGUUGACCGGCUUGCAGCGGAAAAUAAUAGAUAUGAAUUGUUGAAUGAUGAGCUAAAUACCACUGUGGGUGAGCUGAAAGGCAUUAAUAUAGCACUAAAUGACACAGCAAAUCGACUCCAAGAAACAAGUCAAGAACUUGGCUUCAAGGUGGCCGAUUUGAAACAACAAAACCAAAUCUUUGAAGAGCAAAAUGGCAAAUUAUCGAAGACAGUGGAUGAUUUGGUUCUAGUUUCCAAUUUCCUGAACGAAACUUCUGAAGGUCUUGAUGAUAGCUUGGAGCAAAUCACGGCAUUCUUGGCAGAUCAAAUAGCCUCGAAUCAAGCCAUCCUUCUCGGUACACUUGAGAACACCUACAGGCAAAGAAAGGAUGGAUGGAACUGUGAUUACAACAGUGUGUUUGGAGGAAGAACAUACACACAAGAUUACAAUGUGGAGAUCCCAGCUACUGAUUUCAGGAGCAUCAUGGAUUACGUUUCCAACCGAGUUCUUGACGAGCUUUGCUUCGAUCGCAAUGAUUUCACAGUUUUCCUUGGGCUUCCAGAAUACACACCUUUGACAAGCAACAGACUGAAUGCCGCAAUGACAAUAUAUACGGAGCGCGCAUUGGAUUGGUACUUCCCCGAGGCAAAUGAAAAUGGCUUGACUCACAAUGACUGGUCUACUGUAGCCUUUGAUUGUGAAAACUUGGAAGCCACCCAAAAGUAUAGCUUUAGUUCAUAG